UAAUGUUCUAACGUUUAACACCGGAGAAAACUUAGGGUGGGAAAUACGAAGAUGGCGCUCGUUCUUAACCUAAUCCCGCCAUCCCAAACCCUCUUUCAGUCGUCGUCCUCCUCCACUCGCCCACUUCCGACUUUCGUUUCCCGCCCAAAUGAAGCAACUCAGGACUGGAAUUCUCUUCUGUUCAAGCUCAAGUGCCGCGGCAGGUUCUCUUGCCUUUUCUCAGACAAUAGCAAACAGGACCAAGCUAGGAAAGCUUUAGAUGGUGCACUUGGUGGAAAGAAAGAUGAAUUCGAGAAAUGGGACAGAGAAAUUAAGAGAAGAGAGGAGGUGAGUGGAGGCGGCAGCACUGGUGGAGGGGGAUGGUUUGGGUGGGGUAGAUGGUUUGGAUGGUCGAAUGAUGGCAAUUUCUGGCAAGAAGCACAACAAGCAAGUCUUGCUGUGAUAGGUAUCGUCGUGAUGUACCUCAUAAUUGCUAAGGGAGAACUGAUGCUUGCUGUCAUCUUCAAUCCGUUGCUAUACGCCUUGCGAGGGACAAGAAGUGGGUUUGCUUUCUUAACUUCGAGAAUCUUAAGGAAGGCAGCACCAGAUGGCCAUAAUAUCUCGAUGAAGGAAGCCUACAGCACUGUCUCCGCUAAAGAGAGUGUUCUAAGAAAAUGGGGAAGUGACUAGUGAGUGAUGAUUUUGUUUCAGUUUGAGAUCACUCCUAACAUGCAUUGAGAAUGUGACCACUAUUUUUUGUACCUCAAUUCCAGAACGCGUUUAAUUUGCUGCAAUGCUGAACUUGUGAUCAGGCCCCUUGAAUGAACAACUUGUGGAUUCAACUUUAAAAUCACGAAAAUACUAUCUAAUGGUAUUUUCAUUCAAUUAUAUACUGUUAUAUGAAAAAGUUAACGUAAAUAAUACUAUGUGAUUGACUUUGUA